AUGACAGCAGCGACGACUACCAUAGCCCGCAGCGACUGCAUCGCGCUCGACGCGUCCGACAAGCUCGCGCCGCUCCGCGACCUCUUCUCGCUUCCGCCCAACCAGAUCUACCUCGACGGCAACUCGCUCGGCGUCUUGCCGACGGCCACGGCCGGUCGCCUCCAGGCGGUCAUCGCCGACGACUGGAACCGCGCUGGCUGGAUGGACUUGCCUAACCGCAUUGGCGACAAGAUCGGAUCGCUCAUCGGCGCGUCGCCAGGUCAAGUGGUUGUUGCCGACUCGACGUCGAUCAACCUCUACAAGGUGCUUAGCGUCGCGCUUGCAUUGCAGCGCGCCGAUGCGACCAAGACGACGAUCUUGUCGGAUGCGAGCAUGUUUCCGAGCGAUCUCUACGUUGCGGAAGGCUUGGCCAAGACGUGGAACCUCGAGCUUCAGCUGGUACCCACGUCCGACCUCCUUACUGCGAUUGGGCCCCACACGGCCAUUGUCCUCCUCACGCCCGUGAGCUACCGGACAGGCGAGCUCCUCGACAUGCACCAAUUCACGUCGGUGGCCCAUGGCGCUGGCGCGCUCAUGGUCUGGGACCUCGCGCACUCGGCGGGCGCCCACGUCGUCGACUUGCUCGGUUGCAACGCGGACUUUGCCAUUGGGUGCGGCUACAAGUACCUCAAUGGCGGCCCCGGUGCGCCGUCGUUUGUGUGGGCGCACCCUCGGCACGUCAACGCCGUGUCGCAGCCGCUGCAAGGCUGGCUCGGCCACGACACUCCGUUCGCGUUUGAAAGUUCGUACACGCCAGCGCGCGGCAUCCAGCGCUACGUGGCGGGCACACCGCCCGUGCUCAGCCUCGCGGCGCUCGAGUGCGGCGUCGAUACAGUCCUCGCCGCAGCGCCUCUCGGCGGCAUGCUAGCCCUUCGGCAAAAGUCGCUGGCGCUCACCCGCCUCUUCAUCGACUGCAUCACCGAGCGCUGUGGCGAUGCGUUCGAGGUCGUGACGCCCAUCGAGGAUGCGCGCCGGGGCAGCCAAGUGAGCUUGCGCUUCCGUCGCGGCAGCGGCCAGGACGCGUACGCGAUCAUCCAGGCGCUCAUCGCCGAGCACAGCGUCGUCGGCGACUUUCGCGCGCCGGACCUCGCGCGCUUUGGGUUCACGCCGCUCUACACGCGGUUUGUCGAUGUGUUUGAUGCGGUGCAUGCCAUCGCGAGUGUGCUCGAGACGCGCGCGUACGAAGCGCAGGUGUACCAAGUGCGUGCGAAAGUCACAUGAUAUCACGGCCAUCAACGACGCGCCAAGGCGCUGAUUUUUGGGCAGGGAGCGAUUCGUGUACUGAGUAAAAGUACGAUCCGAAGGUCAAUACAACGUGCU